AUGUCUUUGGAACGCUCUAGCGCACAACGGGUUGAUGCUUUGCGCAAACUCCUAGCCGCUCGCGGACUCGAUGCAUACCUGGUCCCUUCGGAGGACGCGCAUGCCUCUGAGUACGUUGCAGCUUGUUUCCAGCGGCGGGCAUUUCUGACCGGAUUCACGGGCUCCGCUGGUACUGCAGUCGUUACGCGCGACCGAGCUUUUCUCUAUACUGACGGGCGCUACUUUGUGCAGGCGGAACGGGAGCUCGACCCCAACGUGUGGGAACUGAAGAAACAUCUCAUAGAUCCACCGAUGGAAGAGUUUUUGGGCACUGUGCUGGCUUCCGGAUCGCGCUUGGGGUUUGAUCCCGAGACGCUUUCCAUCAGUGCCUUCAACAGGCUGCGCAAAGCGCUGCAGCAGCACGGCAUUCACCUGGUUCCUGUUACGAACGAACAGGACGGCACGGAGAGCGCUAGCACGCGCUGCAAUUUAGUGGACCUUGUAUGGGGAGCCGCCCGACCAGCGGAACCUCGCUCCGUCGUUUUUCCGCAUGCGCUCUGUUUUGCUGGUGAGACGGCAGCGAGCAAGGUGAGCAGGGUCCUCAACGACAUGGCGAAAAACCGGGUGGACUGGCUUGUUGUUUGCGCACUUGAUGAAAUCACCUGGCUCUUGAACUUGCGCGGAAAUGACAUCGAAUACAAUCCGGUUUUUCUGGCGUAUGUGCUCUUACAUCGACGCGCUGUCUCUGAGGCCGAAAACGAGCCCGCUGGUGACUUGUACCUGUAUACCGAGCAGGAGCGCCUCAACGCUGAGGCACGCGAGGCCCUCAAGGCCCUGAAAGCUCAUCUAAGGCCGUAUGAGGCUAUCGCCACCGACCUGGAACAGCUCAUCGCUCUGGGGGAUUGUGUCUGGUAUGAUCCGAGUCAUACGAACUGUCUUAUUGGACAAAAGCUCCAUCUCGCGGAGUUCAGCGAAGCAACCCUGGACAGCAACCCUGCAUCCGCCAAGCAUGCAAGGCAUUCAAUUUUGGCAAAGGCAACCCCUAUCGGCCUGUUCAAAGCUCGCAAGAACGAGACGGAGCUGGCUGGUAUGCGCGCUGCACACCUGCGGGACGCCGUGGCGCUCUGUCGCUUCCUGGCGUUGCUCGAGCACAAGCUCGUCGAACAGGGCACCACAAUAAAUGAGAUGGAGGCUGCCCAGCUCCUGGACGAGUUUCGAUCGCAACAGGAGCAUUUUGUUUCACCGAGCUUUCCAACGAUUUCGAGUGCUGGUCCGAACGCUGCGGUUAUUCAUUACAGGCCGUGUGCGGAGAGCGCUCGACCGAUCACGAGGGAUGCGAUCUAUCUGGUCGAUUCAGGAGGUCAGUAUCUGGACGGCACUACCGAUGUGACACGAACGCUGCACUUUGGCACGCCUACCGCAUUGGAGCGCGAGUGCUUUACGCGCGUGCUCAAAGGCUACAUCCAGCUGGAGCAGGCAUGCUUUCCUCCGGGUACUACUGGUCAACAGUUGGACGUUCUGGCGAGGUUGCCGCUCUGGCUCAUCGGCCGCGACUAUCGGCACGGUACUGGACACGGCGUCGGAUGCUUCCUGAAUGUGCACGAGGGCCCGCAAAUGAUAAGUCCACGGUCUUCUGCCGGUGAGACGCCCCUGGAACCCGGCAUGACUGUAACGAAUGAACCAGGCUACUAUGAGAACGGACGGUUUGGCAUGCGAUUCGAGAAUGUUCUGCUGGUUGUCCCGAAGCUUCAUCCCGAUCACUGCAUGGACCGGAAAGCAUUCCUGGGGUUUGAAAACAUCACGCUGGUUCCAGUAGAGCGCAAGUUGCUGGAUACCAAACUUUUGACAGAACAAGAGAUCGCUUGGAUCGAUUCUUAUCAUCAGAGCGUAUGGAAAGCUGUGGCGCCGCUUGUUGCGGAUGACCCGUUAGCAACAAAAUGGUUGCAUCAACAAUGUCGAUCAUUGCGGGCGACAUGUUAA